CCAGCAGUGUCCAACACCACAUUCGGUUUAAAAUGCUUGUCAGUGUUGCUAAAUCUCGUCUUCUUGGCUUGUGAAACUAUUGGUGCCGGCAGCAUGCUGUCAUAUGCUUGUUCCUGUAGUGUUGACCUAAUAGGUUAUAGGUAGCUCAUUGCUUAUGAUACCCAAAUGAAGGGCAGGUGUACUCUAACGCAACUAGAUGAUGAGUACAAAUGGAAGGGGCCCUUCUACUUCAUCCAAGGAGCAGAUCCUCAGUUUGGACUGAUGAAAGCUUGGGCAACUGGAGACACUAAAAAUGGAGAUGAUGAAUGGGAGGAAGAAAUCAAAUUAGCAGAGCAAGCAGUGCAGGCCAUUAACAAACUAAACCCUAAACCCAAGUUCUUUGUGUUGUGUGGAGACCUUAUCCAUGGAAUGCCAGGUUCUCAAUGGAGAAAGGACCAAGAGCAAGAUUUAAAGAAUGUUCUGAAGAACACUGACCAGGACAUACCGCUGGUAUUCGUGAGUGGAAAUCACGAUAUCGGCAAUACUCCCACAAGAGAAACAAUAGAUGAUUAUUGCAAGAACUGGGGAGAUGACUACUUCAGCUUUUGGGUUGGAGGUGUUUUCUUUCUUGUGCUGAAUUCUCAGUUGUACUUCGAUUCUUCCAAAUGCCCUGAGUUGAAGCAAGCCCAGGAUGCAUGGCUCGAAGAGCAGCUGGCAGUUGCUGCAGAACAGAAAUGCAGGCAUAUAAUAGUAUUCCAGCACAUUCCUCUGUUUCUGAGAAAUCCAGAGGAAGAUCACGACUAUUUUAACUUGGAAAAAUCAGUUCGUCGAGAGAUAAUGGAAAAAUUCCAUCAAGCAGGCAUUAAAGCUGUAUUUUCUGGACAUUACCAUAGGAAUGCUGGAGGAUCCUACAGAGGACUGGAAAUGGUGGUUUCAUCAGCAAUAGGAUGUCAGCUGGGAGAAGACACGCAUGGCCUUCGAGUGGUGGUUGUGACAGAUGAAAAGAUUGUUCAUAGAUACUACAGUUUGAACGAGCUGAGCAGCCAAGGCAUAGAGAAAGAGCUGCUAGAUAUGCUGGCUAAGCAAAAUUAGGCUCUGUCAAAUGAUGUGAUUUUUUUUCCAUAUAGGACAACAGCUUCAGAAAGUUCCCCCAGGCUGAAGACAGAGAUUUCUGAUAGUGCACCAUGCCCCAGAACAGCUCUCACUUUGCCAUCACCCUAAAUAACAAAAAAGUUGUUGACAGGUUUCUCCUUUUGAAAAGGAGACCUGUGAUGAAUGGGGAAGAACAGCAGAACUAAUGUGGCAAUGUAUCAGUGAAAAGAAAUGUUCUGGGAAUGUUUACUUUUUCUCUCUAACAAGGAAGUCUUACCCAGCAGUGUAUGAAAGAGUGAGAGCUGUAGCUUCCAGACAGCCCUUUAAGUCAGGUCUAUUUUAGUUUUAUAGUUCAUAGGGUAUUUUUAAAUCAAUACAUUUAGUCAUUUGUGUUGCAAUAAAAAUGGUGCACUUCUUAACUCCAUAAAAAUAUAUCUCAAAAACUCUAAAAUCAACAGAUUCCCGCUGACUUUUAGCAACCUUUGGAUCAGAUCUUGUUACCUAGAGGUAGUAUUUUUGCCCAUUUCUCAUACUUUAUUUUCUUAGCUCUUCAGAGCCAGCAGCAACAGGAGAGCAUUCUGUUUUGCAGUCACAGCCUGGGUUGCCUCCCAUUACAUCCUGGGUUUAUAUAAUGAAAAGUCUAUAAAUGAAGCAUGCAUAGAUGCCACUGACAGAAGCAGAACAUUUUAAAGUUUAACUGCCAUUCAGUUUGCUAUAUUCUUACUAUAGCUUCAGAAGCUGGAAAAAUUGCAUGGGGAGAAUAUUCUGUGCUGUUAGCAGAAGUCACUGUUGAUUCCUACACAAGGGGAAACCUUUGAUGUUGAGAUUUAAUUUAACAGUUCCUUACUGUAAUGUUAUACAAUAUCAAGUGUUGACUACCCUAAAAAGUAUAUUUUCCCCAUUGGAAGAAGUCUUUGAAAAUAAAUUAUAUAGAAAGAAAUUUAUAUGCUGCAAUCCACCUUUUUUUUUUAGUAGCAACCCCCC